AUGCCCGAGAAAGAACUUAAUUACAUUGCUUCUAGAGAAGCAGCUGAAAACUCUUCAUAUGAGAAGGAAGGAGGUGUAGAAGUAGGUAUCUUACCUUUUCAAAAUGAUAAGCCAAAGUUGCCUUUCUUUGAAAGAUUUGUUGAUUCAUUUAGGCGUUACGAAGCUGAAGAAUUAAAUCUUGACCCUAAUUUGACUGAAAUUGAAAAAACCGCUAUUAUUACUGCUAACACUCCUUUGUCUAGAGCUUUAAAGAACAGACAUUUACAGAUGAUCGCCAUUGGAGGUGCUAUCGGAACUGGUUUAUUUGUUGGUUCUGGACUGAGAUUGCACACUGGUGGCCCUGCAGGUGUAUUAAUUGGUUAUUUCUUAAUCGGAACUAUGAUUUACGCAACAUGUCAAGCAUUAGGUGAAUUGGCCGUCACAUUCCCAGUUGCUGGUGCUUUUGUUACAUAUAACACUCGUUUUAUAGAUCCAUCAUGGGGUUUUGCUAUGGCUUGGAAUUAUGCCAUGGGUUGGUUGAUUACAUUACCUUUGGAGUUAGUUGCCGCUUCCUUAACAGUAGAUUAUUGGAAUUCGACCGAAAACCCAGCAGCUUUUGUAUGUAUUUUUUACGUUGUGAUUUGUGCUAUCAACUUCUUUGGUGCUAAAGGUUAUGGUGAGGCCGAAUUUGUGUUUUCUAUUAUCAAAGUUAUUGCAAUUGUCGGUUUUAUCAUCUUUGGUAUCGUCAUUAUCUGUGGUGGGGGACCAAAUCACGAGUACCUUGGUGCCAGAUACUACUACCACCCUGGUGCAUUUGCUAAUGGGUUUAAGGGGGUUUGUUCUGUGUUUGUUUCUGCUGCCUUUGCAUUCGGUGGUACUGAAUUGGCAGGUUUAGCUGCCGCUGAGACUCAAAACCCAAGAAAGUCUUUGCCAAAAGCUACUAAGCAAGUUUUCUGGAGAAUCACUUUAUUCUAUAUUAUAUCCCUCUUAUUAGUUGGAUUAUUAGUUCCAUAUGACGACAAAAGAUUAACCGAAGGGACUUCUUCAGCUGACGCUAGGGCAUCUCCCUUUGUUUUAGCCAUUGUUGAUGCGGGUAUUCACGGUCUACCUUCAGUAAUGAAUGUAGUUAUUAUGAUUUCUGUUUGCUCAGUUGGAAACUCUGCUGUUUAUGCAUCAUCAAGAACAUUGGCAGCAUUGGCAGCUUGUAAUCAAGCACCAAAGAUUUUCAAUUACAUUGACAAAAAGGGAAGGCCAAUAUUUGGUGUGAUUGUUACUUGUCUCAUCGGUGCAUUAUGCUUCCUUGUUGCUGCAAGAAACCAAGAUGCUGUAUUCAGUUGGAUGUCUGCUUUGUCAGGUCUUUCCUCUUUAUUUACCUGGGGUUCGAUUUGUUUCUGUCAUAUCAGAUUUAGAUAUGCAUUGAAGGUACAAGGAAGAACUACGGAGGAACUAGCCUACACUGCUCAAGCUGGUGUUUGGGGUUCUUAUUAUGGGGUAGGUUUAGUCAUUUUAGUUUUAAUUGCUCAAUUCUAUAUUGCACUUUUUCCAAUUGGAGGUGAACCAAAUGCAUCUGAUUUCUUCCAGUCCUACUUAUCAUUUCCAAUUAUAUUGGUAUUUUAUGGAGCUCACAAGUUAUGGACUCGAAACUGGACCCUCUACGUGAGAGCCAGAGACAUAGACCUCGACACUGGAAGAAGAGAGCUCGAUUUGGAUGUUUUGAAGCAAGAGUUGUUAGAAGAGAAGGAAAUACUUGCUGGCAAACCAUUUUACAAAAGAUGGUGGCACUUUUGGUGUUAA